AUGGGAAAUAACAUUAUAUCAAUACAAAAUCCAGAUGCACUAGAUGUUAAUGACCCAACUUACUUAAUGAUUGCUGCUCAAAAUGGUAACACAUCUCAAGUAAUCAAAUCGAUUAUAGAUGGUAAAGACAUUAAUGAACCAAACAAACAAGGAAUGACAGCACUGAUGCUAGCAGCGUUUUACGGACACACGUCUGUUGUGAAAACUUUAAUACAUUUUAAGGCCAAUGUAGACAAAAUAAACAAUAAUGGUCAGACAGCUUUAAUGCUAGCUGGUAAGAGUGGUCAAAAGAAAACAGUUCAAGUACUUUUAAAAAAUGGAGCUAAUGUUAACUGGAAAGAUAGAGAAGGAUUGACAUCGUUGAUUAUCGCUUCACAAUUUGGACAUUUAAAAACAGUCAAAUGUCUCAUUGAUAAACAUGCUGAGUUAAAUGAACAGGAUCGCUUUGGCUGGACAGCACUGAUGAUGGCUUUAAAGUUUGGACGCAAGCAAGUGGCUCAAUUCCUUGUGUGUAACCAAAAUAUUGAUAUUAGACUAACAAAUAAUGCCGGACACAAUGCACUCAUGAUUGCUUCUUUUGAAGGACAUUUUGAUAUUGUGACGCUAAUAUUACAUCGCGACGUAACUUUGAUAAAUGAGAAAGAUCACCAAGGCUAUACAGCAUUAAUGUUUGCUGCUCAGUAUAACAGUGCAUCAAUUGUAAAAUUGUUACUGGAAUCUGGUGCAAGUUUGAACUGUAGAGGAAAAAAUGACUCAUCAGCUUUAAAGAUAGCCACUGAGAAAGGAAACAGCACUGUAUUAAAAACUUUGUUGCGUUUUGCCUGCAUUGUUCGCUUUCAUGGAAAGGAUUCUAUUUUCAAUCUAACAUAUUUAGCUUUAGAAAAUAAAAGAACUGGUGUAGCAGACUUACUGUUAAACUACAGAUGUGAUGUUAACGAAAAAACUAAAGAUGGCCGAACACUUCUUAUGUCUAGCUCAAAAAACGGACUUUUAGAAAUAGUUCAUAUAUUGGUUGAACGUGGAGCAAAUUUAAAUGAAAGAGAUAUACAAGGAAAUACAGCUCUCAUGUUUGCCACUAAUGAAAAUCAAAAAGAAAUUAUACAUGUGCUAUGUAAAAAAGGAUGCAACGUAAACCAAUGUAACCAAAAGGGCUGGACAGCUUUAAUGAAAGCUUGCGAGAAUGGUAAUAAAGCUGUUGUUGACAUAUUGUUAAGUUAUGACAAUAAUGUUAAUUACGUUAACAAGGACUGCUGGUCACCACUAAUGAUAGUCUGUAAAAAUGGACACAUGUAUAUUGCUUUAAAGCUUCUCGAACAUGAUGCCAAUACAACAAUUAAAAACUCUAAAGGAAGGACAGCUGCUGAAAUUGCUUUAGAAAACAGGCACAAUGAAAUUUAUCAAAUAAUUCAAGAGAAAUUUGCCAACGAAGCUGAAAAUCUAGAUGAGAUCCUGACACGAUCUAACAAUACUUCGUCAAUGACAAUCUUCGAAUCAGAUUCUGAAGACAUCAAUAACACGUGA